AAAAAAGCUGAUAACAUGAAUAAAAAUCCUUUUCAAAAAAAAGUCUUAUCCUUCAAUGAACAAGGAUAAUAUGACAUUAAAAUUGAAAAUUUUGAUUCUUUCCAGGCUCAAAAUUUACCUCAAAAUUGUAUAAUUUUAGAUGAAAUAUUAAACGACGACUAAUCUAUGAUCAUUUAUAAUUGGCCUCCUCUAGUAAAUUAAAAUAUUUAUACCUAAUUGAAAGAUUGCUCUUCUUAAAAUCUGAAUUCUGUAAUUUUAAACUAAAUUGACUAGUAUGUAGACUCAUCCAUUUAAAAAUUUUAAUAAAAAAUGAAUGAAUUUAGAUUAAACACAAAGAAAAAAAUAAUGAAUACAUUUUCUAUAAAGGUUUAAAACAUUUAUGCAACUUAAUCAUCAAAAAAUGAUUUAAAGAAAUAUUUUGAAGAUGAAAAGCUCAACAAAAAUCUAAUUCAAAUCCUCCUUCAGUCAUAAGUAUAAAAAAAAAAAGAGAACACUGAAAUUUUUGAAAAAGUAAUUCAAGAUUGCUUCAAUGAAUAGAAAAAGGUGCUAAAUAGCCUUGAAAAUAUCUUAGAAAAAUCAUUUAUAGAUAUAUUUGAGCUAGGUUUAAACAAAUAGGAAUUAGAUUCUCAAAUAAAUCUUUAAAAUUCUAAUUUAUCUUAAAAAUUUGCAUAGCUGGAUUUGUUUUUGUAAAAGUAAUUGAAAGAUGAAGAAGUAAUUAAAAACAAAAUAAAUGAAUUUAUUAGUAAUUGCAAUAGAUCCUUACAUCAGCUAAGUGAUAAACUUAAUGGUUAUAACUGGAAUUCUUUAUAGGAUAUUAUUGAUGGAAUUUCUUCUAGUUCUAGAGAUCCAGAAAGUUAUGAAUUUAAGGAAGGAAACAAAGGAUGGUGGGUUAUUUUCACGAGAAGAAAGGAAUAUGAAGGAUAUGAUGUUUAUGUAUAUGAAUAUUUUAAUCACGAUUCAUAAAAAUCUACUUUUGGUACUUAGUAAAAUUAAGUAUCUUCUAAUUAUAAUUAAAUUCAAUAGGCAAAAAACCUUUUCUAAUAUAUUUCAUAAGGGGCAAAACAACUUUAAAAUGAAUGGAAUUAGUACAAAAAAUAAUAUUAAUUAUGA